AGCCAUGAUUGCAAAUGACCAAGCCUCACUUACAUAGUUAGGAAACAUGACCAAAUGAUACUGAAAUGGCACGAGUCAAGCAACUCCUGGUGGUGCUCUCAUGCCUUGCCCUGAACUCAAGGUUUCGGGAGCUAGUGGACCACAAUCGGUCGUUGGCAUUCUCUGGUCAUUGGACCAAGCGGCGAGAAUUGGAUUCCCGUUUGGCUCACAAAUUGAUCGAGAGUGCUGAGGCAUUUGUCUUUGACUUAGACGGCGUCAUAUGGAUUGGAGGCUUCCUUGUUGAGGGUGUGCAAGAGACUUUGGAAGAUUUGCGUGGACAUGGAAAAUCUGUGAUUUUCGCCACCAACAAUGCGAUGCGAACUCGAUCCGAGGUUGCAUCUCGAUUGAAAUCCCUUGGAUUGGACUGGGUUAUGGAGAGCGACGUCUUCAACAGUGCCAAUGCAGUCGCCCGACUUUUGGAAGCACGUGGCAUUUCCAAAGAUCGAUCUAUUUACAUUGUGGGCGAGGCUGGUCUUCGAGAUGAAGUCCAGGCACUUGGCUAUCGCACGCAGGGUGGACCUGACGACGCAGGCAAGAGCUUGAAAGACAUUCCGACUGCCUUGGAGCGCAUCGAUCCAAGCAGCUUUGGAGCAGUGGUGUGUGGCUUGGAUCAGCACCUAAACUACUACAAGCUGGCAUUGGCCUCUAGCCUCGUCCGGAACGGCGUCCCCCUCUUUGCAUCCAAUGAUGACCUUUUUGGUCAGCUUGGUCCUGGAAAACACCAAUGGCCUGGUGCGGGCUCCGUGCUUGCGGCUGUGGCCGCUGCGGCAGGGCGUCGGCCGCCAUUAGCAGAUGCAACUGCAGGCAAGCCAAGCCUGGAAUUUGCAAAAUUGAUCGAGCACUCCUUGGAUAUUCCAGCGCGGAAGAUGGUGAUGGUUGGUGAUAGACUCGAUACAGACAUAGCGUUUGGAAACAAUGCAGGUAUGCAGACGUUGUUGGUUCUUUCUGGUGUAACCUCCCGGGCAGAGUUGCACAGAGCACAGGGCAACUGGGUGCCUGAUUAUGUCGCAGCAUCCGUGGCCUCGUUGGGGGCGGCCCAGCAAUGAGACCCUUAUUGAAACCCAAAGUCGGUUUCCGGUGAAAGCACGGCCUGUGCUAACAGGGCGCGGAGCAAAAGUGGAG